UUUUUUCCUCAAGCGGUUUUACUUUCUCCGUGUCCACGGUGGUAUCCGCUACUUGCAUCAGUUCUUUCGGUUGGCGCCAAAUGAAUAACACAUGGUAUGCCACCCGGAUAAUAGACGAACACUCCCCAUUCACCUCUCCUCUGCCUGCCCCCAGUUCUUACAUGCUCUUCUCCACCUUGCUCUCGCCCUUAAAGGUCCUGCCUUUAGCCUCGGAGGAACGAUUUCUGGUUGAAUUCUCUUCUGGGCUCUCGUCAUUUGAAGACAAUCUCACCAGCAUCUUUGUAGAGAAUUGUUCUUCCUUUUUCUGGGAAAGCUACUUUCAUCAAGCCUGUAACUAAUAAAUGGAACUUGGUGAUACGAGAAGAUCACGAGGCUAUGGCAAUCCCCCGUGGAAAUUCUCCGGCAGUGCCCUGUAUCAGCUUCACCUUGUGAAAGCAGAAACAGCUCGAGCGUUCAUUCCGAAAGAGUUCAGAUUAGUUGAAGCUUUUGGAUAUACACUGGGUGGAUUCUUUUUGGCCAGUUAUGAUGACAGUCCAGCUGGGGUCUUCGAUGAGCUUGUGGUGAUUGCGGGAAUUGUAUGGAACCCACCAACAUCUUGCGCGUGGGCUGCUAAGGUGCUUGUUAACAGUGAUGAGGCUUGUGAUCAUGGACGGAAGGAUGUUGGGCUUCCAAGUCAGGUUGCCAGGUUUUCAAAAAGAAUUACUCCAGUCUUAAGGCGACCAGAGAACCGAAAGAAUGGGUUUCUAAAUAUGCUCGGUGUUGGUGCUAAUCGUUCGAAGGACCAGAUGGAUGUUCACGUGUCCGAAAUCAAGGAUCAUUCAGCAUUGGAUGUUUGUAGCAUCAGUCUCACAACUAUAGCGCCUGCGUUGAAGGUGGACAAGUGGAGCAGCCCAGUAAUCAGAAUGUCACUUCCUAGUUUCAGUGGUCGCACAGAGUACAAUCCCAACCUCCUCAAAUAUUCCUGCCAGAUCGAAUGCAGGGUGCGACUGGUAUCUCCAGCCAAAGUGUUAAGGCUGUCUCAUGCUUUAAGAGACGACAGCGACCAAACUUCACAAUCCCGAGUUUCCAAUCUGCCGGACUUGACGAGCGAGGAAUUCAUGGCUAAUGGGCAAGAUCCCAGUGUAUCGGUUAUGUUAUCAAAGCCCAUACUAGCUUUGGAGUUCAGAAGCCUGAAAAUGCAGGUGGAAGCUCCCAUUCUAGUGACCCAGUGAGCUUAGAAGAUCGUCUAGGCUCUGCUUGAGUAUUUUUCUCUGUAGACAGUUCUUAUAUGAUUCGGCUCUAUUGUCUUGUACAGCGCCUUGCUCAUAGUUUUCUUCCUAUCGCUGAUAAGAGCUAUAGCACUCGAAUUGUCUUCACGAGUUUUGGAACUGCAUCUUAAAAAUGAAUAUAUAAAAGCUAUUAUCGUGUGAAACUUUGA